CGAAGAACAGAAACCAUGGAUGGUUACGCUGCUUGCGUCUCGGCACGUUCGAAUUGGCAAAGUUCCGAAUUUGUCGCUGUGUUUUGUACGCUUGUGCGCUCGUCAUUUGCCGUCAUCGCGCGGAGAUAUUUGCGCUGGAUGUCUUUCACUUCGUGUACAAAACUCUGCACGCUGCGGCAUCGAAGAAGUUGUCCUGUGUUUGGGUGCACGUAUGCGCUUGGACACGGAUAUAUCCUGCUUGCUCAACGGGUGUUCAACAGUCUACGCGCACUCGUAACUUGCUCAUGAGGCAAGUUGCUGUUGUGCUGGAGCUGAGAAGAGGACUGCUGCCUGCAAUGGGUCCAUCUCUCUCAAGCUAUCGCAAUAUUGUAGCUCUCAAAGUUCAAAAAAGUAUGGUGGAAGCUGUUGCCAAGGUUCCGACCAGAAAAGACAGCCAGUAUAAAAGGGUCCACACCACUGAUCUCUACUACAGGGCAUGGACAGCACAUCGAGCACCCUCGACUGAAGCCAACCUUGUCCUGGAAGUUGGUGCUUCACAACUUUGCGGCAGCACUUCGUUUGCACGGCCUGUGGAGACAAGGUUUCUUAGACAUGGCCAUGGCCCUCAAGGAAGAUGCCGAGGCCACAGGCAGUUCCUCCAGUGACUGUGAAAAGGUCCCCUGGGGCACAAGUCUAAUUUGGCACCCCUACCUUUCUCCUGCAGCUUUUCUGUCUACUUAGCUAACCAGCAGCAAGUUUAUCCUUGCAAGCAUUUUGGGUCAAGAACAACUUUAACCAGGAAGAAGUUCAAGACGAGUGAUUGAAGAAAAUAAAGUUGCUUCUGUGAUCUAAGAA